CUGGGUUCGAGGACCGCAGGGAGGGGAGUAUAAGGCUGUGCGGAGAGGAGAGAUUUGGUGUGCUGUGGUCUCAGGAAAUCAUGGAAGAAGGACAUACAUUCCUGUAGUAAUGAACUUGGGGAACACUGACCCCAUUGGGUGAAGGGAAGAUGAGCACACAGGGACAACAGGGAAGAAAGGGCAAAAUUAGGCCCCAGUCCCACUCACCUGAUGGUAGGAGCCCCUACCCACACUCCUCCACUCAACCAAACUUCCAAGCAGCACCAUAGACUAAGUACUUCCCAGCUCUGGAAUCCAAAUGUGCUGUCCUACGGGGCCCAACAUGUCCUUAAUCCCCAGCCUCCCCACCCUGACUCCAUCCCUAACCUCAGCUUCCCCCAUUAUCUUCCCCCUCACUUUCUCCCUCAUUACUCUCCAGUUAGACGUGGCCAAAAGGCAACUGACAACCUAUAUCUAGAAGCUGAGGAGGGGAACUAGGAUUGAAGCCCAAGGUUUGGGAAUUGUUGGGGUGUGACAGAAGCCCUUGGGCUGGAGAUAUACAGAGUAGGGCGAAAUAGAAGAACGGGCAAAGAAGUUGCAGUUUGCAGAACAGUAGCUGAAAUGACAACUGUGAGCUAGGCCUAAGUAUAGGGACUGAGUCGGUGGCCAGGGGCCAGAAAGCAACAAAAACCGCAGAGCUGUGAGGUGAUAGGAAGGAGAGAGGAGCUGGAAGGAUGGGAAGCUGUAGGCAGAGUGGUCAGUAUUGGAGAUACCAGGUAGAGAAUUUAAGGGUGCAGGAAGCUUCCAGGAUGUAACCACAGGAGUCCACGGCUGACACGAUGUUGGUGAAGGUAACAAGGGUGUAAGCAGGUGUCUUCUUGUCCCUGUCCCCAGCAGCAGCAAAUGAACCAAUCUUGGAAGAAGUAGGGCUUGUAGCCCUGGCACCCCUGGUCAACAUGUUGAGCAGCCCACAGCCUAACCCCACAGCUGGCUCUUUCGUGAACCCCCUGACUGGCCCUCUCAACACACUGCUGUCCAGCCCAACACCACCCGGGUCACAGAGCAGUCCAUUCUCCAACCUCCUGAAUGGCACCCUGAGCAGCCACCUGACUGGUCCCAUGGCUGUUUCUCCAGGGGGCACCCUGGUCAGCUCUCUGGGCCUGACCUCCACUGGUCCCCUGAGCAGGCCCCUGAUGGGUCCCAUGGCAGUAUCCCCUGGGGGCACCCUGGCCAGCUCCCUGGGCCUGACCUCCACUGGCUCCCUGACUCCAAGCACCCCCAUAGCGGGCCACCUGACCAUGUCUAAGAGCAGCCCCCUGAUGGCCCCUGAGCCAGGCACAGUUGCCGUCUCUUUGAGCAGCCCCCUGCUCUCCUCCACCGCUGCCCCUAUAGGUGUCUCUCAGAACCUUCCAGCCAACCCCAUGAGCAGCCUGGUGCUGUCAGAGGCCCCAAGGCUGCGGCUGGCAGAGCCACUCCAAGGAAGCCCUUCUGGGCCCCCCUCCUCAGCUGGGACAGGGCAAGCAGCCACCUCCAAAGCGCUCUCCAAUGAACACCCCCGGCCCACCCAAGACCCAGAGCCCCUCAGCAUUGCAUUUAUGGGAGCACCCCUCCAGACCUCCACCCCUGUGGGUACUGUGUCCCCACCGGGCCCAACGAUGGCCUUCUCCUAUGGCACCUCAGAUGCCCAGGCUCAGCCUAGUGUCUCCCAAGGGCAAAAGGUUCCCAUCUCUGUCCCCACCUCCCCAGCCAACUCCCUAGCUGGCAGAGUCCUCAACUCUGCCCCUACUCCUGCCCCCCAAGCUGCUGCUAUCUGCACCCCCUUGAGCACUACCCACUCCACCUCCCAGCCACUGCCUACCCCUCACUCUCCUCCAUGCAACCCGCACACCCCACCUUGCACCUCAUCCUUCCCGGCUUCAGUCACGGAUACCCAAGGUUCACAUACCACGAAGACAAACCGGAAAAACAUCCUGGAGUCGGAGCGGAAGCUGACCCACCGCAAAACUAGCAAAUUCCCUGAUGGCUCCCGAGAGUCGAAGCAGCUGGCCUGGGAGAGGCUAGUAGGGGAGAUCGCCUUCCAGCUGGACCGCAGGAUCCUGUCCAGCAUCUUCCCAGAGCGUGUACGCCUCUAUGGCUUCACCGUCUCCAACAUUCCAGAGAAGAUCAUUCAGGCCUCUCUGAACCCCAAUGACCACAAGCUCGAUGAGGAACUGUGCCAGACACUCACACAACGCUAUGUGAGCAUCAUGAACAAGCUGCAGAGUCUGGGCUACAAUGGACGGGUACAUCCAGCGCUGACGGAGCAGCUAGUGAAUGCCUAUGGCAUCCUGCGUGAGCGGCCAGAGCUGGCUGCAUCUGAGGGUGGCUCCUAUACCAUGGACUUCCUGCAGCGCGUGCUGGUGGAGACUGUGCACCCCAGCAUGCUCACUGAUGCACUACUACUGCUCUCCUGCCUCAACCAGCUGGCACAUGAUGAUGGCAAGCCAAUGUUCAUCUGGUAACACCGGCGCUCGGCUGGCCCAGGCUUGCUCUGCUCUGCACUCCUGUGUACAGCCAUUAAAUCUUCCCACAGAGGCUACCAUUAGGCCCAGGCUAUUCUGGCAUGCUGCCACCUAUGGAUGGCUUGCCAGACCCCUGCACCAGGAUCUUCAGUCCUACCUGCUAUGAAGGUCCAAACCUAACCAUUGGAGAGAUCCCUGGAGCAAAGUUUGGCAGCUUUCUGCUUUGGUCAGAAACUCCCAGGUCUCCUUCCCUUGGUGAUGGAAGCAGUAGAAACUCUGAGGUUUGGAUGGAGAACAGGAAUUGCAAAGGAGUGGAGCAGUGCCCAGCAGUGGUAGGUAGAAACUAGGGCAAAGAGCUUCAGGGCCUGCAGGGCAGGAAGGAAGUAGUAGGAGGAGAUUCAGAAGACAACAGCCUCACCCAAACCUAGGCAGGGAACAGCCUGGGAGAUGGCAGCCCCUUUCCAAGAUGCCCAAAGUCUGAAAAGAAGAGGCCACCUUCACAGGGUCCUGGAGACCUAGGAUGAGGGACUCAGAGCUGGAGAGAGCCAAAACUGCCAGCUGAGGGCCUGAGGCACACAGGUUGGAUAGGGAAGCAAGGGAGGGGAGGGGAAAGGGGGAUCCAGGGUAUGACUGGAUGCUGGGGGUAACCUAGCAAAUAUUGGCUAUUUAAAAAAAGAAAGAGAAAGCAUAGUAUUCAAAGAGGAAGUACCAGUCAGCUGGUCUCACUCACUCUCUCUUCAUCUCCCUCUUCAGCAUUGGAAAUCAAACCCAGGAUCUUAUGUGUGUUAGACCAGCUGAGCUACACACCAAACCCUAAAUCUCUGAGAUGGGAAGGGCUGUGGGCAGUGUGGGAAGCUGAGGUGGGUAGGCCAGGAUGGGUUUUAGGAUGCAGUUAAAGAAGGUAGCAUGGGAAGGCCUAGAGUGGCCUCUGGCCUACAAGGUAGAAAAGGGCAGUCCCUGCAUGUGGGAAGUGGCAGAGGCUGAGCUAGAGAAGUGGGGGAUAAAGAUACCAACUGUUGGGGGUCCCAAAGCACCAGUGAUCACCAGUUAGGUUGGUAGGAGGGGAUGCAAGGGCCACAGGGUCUGGGUUCAAACAGAAAUUCUGUCAGCUACCAAGUGAGGAGUCCAGAGGGUAUAGAGAGUACUAAGGUCCUGUCUCUGAUGCCAGGCCCCAGGAGCUUGCUGCCUUCUGCCCCCACCCCCAGUCCUCUGGCAACUUCAGGGAAUCCAGUCAGACAGCUCAGCCUCUGGCUCAGUUUGCAGAAUAGUCAGGACAGGACUUGAUCCAGAGGGCAACAGCUUGGCCAGAUGAGAAGCAGAAGCCCCUCCAUCUCCUUGGAAACCUGGGUGGAUGAUACUCCUGACCCAAACUUGCAGUACAAUUUAAAAGGCAUUUGGCUGGGCAUGGUGGCACAAGCCUAUAAUCCCAGCACUCGAGAGGCUAAGGCAGAA